CUUCUUUAUUUUCGCUUUUUGUGUGUGAUUUUUGCUGUCGUUCGUGCUUUUUGCCCCGUUCUCUUUAGCUUCGAUUUCCAGCUCCGGAUUCUAGCUUUAAUUCGCCUUUUCAACAGUUUGGUCGAGGCCGAUUUGUUGUUUAAGUGAGUUUGGUUUCAGCUUCUGCGGGUGCGGCUCUAAUGAACCAUUAACCCUCUCUAGGGACAGGGGGUUGGAGUGGGGGUUGGCCGGAACCGAAGGGUUCCCAAUCUGUUUGCCAGAUGUUCGUCGACGCAGUCCAGGGUCAUCGUCAUCGGUUCUCUUCCAGUUGCAUUUUCUUUGCGCUCGCUUUUCAUUGGAAACUCUGCUGCCUCGGAGAACAGACGAUUCCAGAUCGCUCAGGUUGUACAGCUAUGUACAUACAUAUAUCUUUCUAUAGCUCCUCCACCCAACUAAACUAAACUAAACCAAAGGUGUAUGGGAACUAUCCUAGCAGUAGAAAAUCAAACCAAAAACAAAAAUCAGAAAACUAUAAAUUACGUAGAGCAUUAACCUUAGAAGUAAAGCAAAACGCAGCUGGUGCCGGUGUCCCCUAAGAAGAGGUCCCCAAAAAUAUAGUUACAGUAACAGAAUAAUAAAAACCAUAUAAAUGGUACGUAGUCGUCGCAGUGUGUCCAAGGAGGAUGCGGUCUCCGUGCUCACGGACAGCGGGAUAUCGCUGUCCUCGCCGCCGGCGGCGAGAGAAUCCUCUCCAGCCAGCACACAUCCAAUCAAGAGGCGGAAGAGCAGCCUGGUUAGCCUGCAAGAAGCAUGUGCGGAGGAGGAUGAGGAUGACGGCGGCGAGCAGGACUCGAAGGAUUCUGACUACGUGCAACCGUUGCCGAAGAAGUCCGUCCGCAAAGGCGAGCCAGUGAAACGAAAGCAUCAUGUCUGCAGUCACUGCUCCAAAGAGUUUGGCGGCAAGACAGAUCUACAGCGCCACAUGCUCAUCCAUUCGGACGAACGACCGCACACAUGCAAGGAUUGCGGCAAGAGCUACCGGCAGGCGGUUAACCUUAAGAACCAUAUAACUACGGCCCACGAGCAUCGGAAGCAGUUCGCCUGCUCUCAGUGCCCUAAGUCCUUCGCCCUUAAGGAACGUCUGCGCCUUCAUAUGCGUCUCCAUUCCGGAGAAAAGCCAUAUCCUUGCGCCCUCUGCGACAAAAAAUUUGCCCGGGGAGGUCAGCUGCAACAGCACAUGGUGUCUCACCACAAAACGAGCAUCCAACAGUUCAACUGCACAAAGUGCUCGGCAAGCUUCUCAACAAACGCCAAUCUACGGGUGCACAUGGUGCGCCACGAACAGGGCAUGGAUCACCGAUGUGGAAUCUGUGAGAGCCAGUUUGCGAAUGAGCUGUCCCUGCGAGCCCACAUUAACCAGGAACACCACAAGCUGACGCAGUUCGAGUGCGAGAUCUGCCACAAAAUGAUCGAGCCGGACGAGGAUCUGGCCACCCAUAUGCAGAAGCACGCCGCGGUUAAGACUCACGUGUGCGAGGUAUGCAACACGUAUUUUACCCAGAAAAGCCAGUACAAUGUCCACAUGCGGAUGCAUACCGGAGAGCGCCCAUACCAGUGUAGAAUAUGCCACCAGACUUUUGCACACUCAAGCGUGCUAAAGCUGCAUAUCCGGAAGCAUACUGGCGAAAAACCCUUUCGAUGCCAGUUGUGCCAAGACGAGGUGGCCUUCUCUCAGCUGGCGCACCUAAAGAACCACAUGAAGAAAAUACACAAGCAGCAGAAGCCCUACAUGUGCGACGGCUGCCAUGAGUUCUUCAAGAUCAAGGUGGAGUUGCAGGCGCAUGCUGAGAAGUGCCCUAAGUGUCCUGGUGGCGGAGAAGAGCCCUCUGGCAGCCAAUCUGAAGAUACACAAAUCCUGUCCACCAUACGAUUCAACAUGGCAGUGGUGCUGAAAAAGAUUAGCUCAGCUCAGAAAUUGCGCCAGUUGGGCUACGAGAAGCGUCUGAUCGAUAACGUGAUUAUUGCAUCCCUAAAGCUGGCUCAGCGAGCCUCGCACGACGACGUUACACUGACGCCCUUGGCAAGGCUCCGGCUGAAUGUGGAGGAGUUCCUUAAAUGGAUUGUACCAGCACCCACAAUGAAGAAAUUCAACGAUGAAUUGCUGUCUAUCGACACAAUUUUAGACAAGAUUGCCAGCAUGUAUAUGAAACAGAAGUAGAUAUCAGGAGUUGCUAGCCAACGCCAAAUGCAAGUGUGCCAUAGAAGAAGGAUUUGUAGAACUAGAACUUUUCUUGCCAUUUAGUUUAGUGUUCAGUAACCCAAAGUUGCCGAGCGAAACCCGACCAAAUAAUUUAUCCCAAAGAUACUUGUAUAUGUAUAUACUUUGUAGUUCUACUAAUUUUGAUGACUUAACUUAGUUUAAUCCCUAUUUUGCUGCUACCAAAUGAAUGGAAUAGAUUUGUCCAUAAUAAUUUAAUUUAAGAACGAAUUUCGAUGCAAUACUUUAUAUAAUAAGCUAAACACCAAUGAAUUGAAACCCACAAAUAUUUUAUUCUUACUUCAGUCUUGCCAGAGCAGCAGAUUACUUAGUGUGGAUCUAUCAGCUCAAGUACCAUUUAACUCAUUGUUGCCAUACAUAUAACAAAUGAGCUUAACGCAUUUAGUUGCCUUUUGUCCAUAACCUUUUCUUUUGGUAAACUCGAUGUUUAUAAACAAAUGAAACAAGUGUAAAUCCAAAGUAUACAUCCAAAUAAAUUAAAUGAAAAUCAAAAUACGUAGGUCAAGUAACGGAAUAAAUAAAAAGAUUGUGUGUGAUUACUUCCA